AUGCUAGUCAGAGGAGUAUUGCGGCUGACGACUCUAGUCGGUCCCAUGAUUGUCAUCCUGAUCGUCUUCCUCGUCUUCUACGAUAAAGUCCCUCUCCGGAUACCCUCUCCCCGAGCGAAAUGGACACAAUCUAAUGGCAACCCAUCAUGGAGCGAAGUCGAAACUCAAGUUUCGCAAUCACAUAACGAGAUAUUUUCGAUCUCAACGAGGAAUGGAAAAUACUUUCCCGUUGAAUUCGGCGAUGAAGAAGCAAUGAACCCGAGCAUCAUCCCGCAUCCUACUCUGGCUGAUACCUGGAUCAUUGCGGCGCAGCAUCUACGGCGAUCUGACCAGUCGUCCGCGUGGUUUACCGAACUCGUGUGUGAUGCGCAGUUCAGGAAAGGAAAGCUGUCUUGCAUCAAGCCUCCGAUGAUUCUCCCCAUCGCGGCCUCUACUGGCGACAACUGUGCUGGCGACUUGGCCUACUUUGCAUUCAACAUCGGCCCUCACGAUGCACGCGUCUUCUAUGGCCCUCAGCACGCCCUCGCCGUCUAUGGGUCUAACUCCGGGUACACGUGCUUUGGCCAGUGGGUUCAAGAUUUCAGAAUGCUUGUAGAGUGGGCCGUGGAACCAGCUAUCAAGACCGAUUUCCGGCUCGGCACUGAGAUUCGACGGCCAAGUCCCUUCGGCGCGAUAGAAAAAAAUUGGUUCCUCUUCUGGGACAAAGACGGUGAUUUCUACGUCCACUAUGAUAUCUCUCCACGCCGAAGCUUUGCCAGACUAAAUAUCGAUGGAACCGUUGGACCAGAUCUUGCACCCCUCGCAGCAGCCGGUGACCAGAACUGCAUGGCGAGGCUGAUGCCCAAGGUUGCUGGGCCCUUGGAAUCAGUCCAUCAAGCCACGAAUAGUCUGUCGCUGACACUCUGUAACCGAUCGGACAUAGUAUGCGAGCCCAAUGACGCAAAUACUUUCAUCGUGACUUUGUUUCAGCAUAAAAGCUUUUAUUACUAUCAUAGUGUGUACGAACCUUACGUCAUGCUUUUCAAGCGGACCCAGCCCUUCGAGGUGCACGGAAUUUCCUCAAAGCCGAUCUGGAUCCAUGGACGGAUCAAGGCUGGCGAGGCGAAGCGACCGGUUGGAAAGGAGUUUGAGGAGCUGGAUUCAUGGAAUCAGACUGAGAUGCUCUACGUCACUUCAAUGAGCUGGAAGACACACGGCCAAAAGUACCACGGGUAUUUGGACGAUGUUCUGUUUAUUGGGUUUGGCAUUGAGGACGAGAGGACGGGCGGAAUUGAUGUUCUCGCGGCUGAUCUCGUCAAGAAUGUCGAGCUGUGUUCUGGCUUCUGA